AUGACGCAGGCAUCCCACCUACGCUCCCUCAAUCUCACCAACCAGUCUCUAACCGUCUUUCCCAGCGACGCGAUCUCACAAGCCACCGGCAUCAACCUCCUCAACCUCUCUAACAACCGCCUCUCCUCCCUGCCCGCCGAAGUACUAACUAAAAUGGUCAACCUAACGAUCCUGUUUUGCUCGGAUAACCGCUUCACGACAUUACCUGAGUGUCUAGGCCAGCUGCCGAAAUUGGAGAUGGUCGCGUUCAAGCAUAACGCGAUCAGUAGUGUUCCCGCGUCGGCUAUCCCCGUCGACACGCUGCGGUGGCUGAUAUUGACGGAUAAUCAUAUCACCUCCUUGCCCGAUGAAAUUGGAGCUUGUACCAAAUUGCAGAAGUUGAUGCUGGCAGGGAACAAGCUGACGCAUAUCCCUGACUCGAUGCGUGGGUGCAAAGCUCUUGAACUGGUGCGGAUAUCAGCGAACAUGCUGGUGGAGUUUCCGACUGUUUUGCUGACGUUGCCGCGGUUGGCCUGGUUGGCGUUCGAGGGGAACCCGUUUUGCGAUACAAGGGAUAAGGAAGGGAUUGCUCCAGUGGAGGUUCCUGUGGUGGACUGGGAGACGGUGGAUGUGGAGGCGAUGCUGGGUGAGGGGGCUUCGGGUGUGAUUUACAAGGGUACUUGGAGGACGGAGGCGGACAAAAUGCGCCCGGUUGCUGUUAAAGUGUUCAAGGGAGAGGUUACCAGCGACGGAUGGCCACAAAGCGAGCUCUCCACUGCGCUCCACGCCGGCAACCACCCAAAUCUCAUCCCCAUCCUCGGCCACCUCCCCGCCUCCACCUCAACAUUCACCUUCACACCCUCUCCCAUUCCAUCAAAACCUAUCCUGAACGCCGCAACCCCCAGCCCGAUAAGCGCCCCCAAAAACACCGCCCUCCUCAUGUCCCUCAUCCCACCCACCUACAAAAUCCUCGCCGGCCCACCCUCCUUCGCGACGUGCACCCGCGACGUCUACACCCCCACCACAACAUUCACGCCCACCACCGCCCUGCGACUCCUCCUCGGCGUCGCAAGCGCCGUGCGGCACCUGCAUGCGCGUGGAAUCACGCAUGGGGACUGCUAUGCGCAUAAUGUGCUGGUUGGUGAGGAUGGGGAGUGUUAUCUGGGCGACUUUGGGGGGGCGAGUUUCGUGGGUGGGUUUCCGGUUAGAAUUGGAGGACGGCUGAGGAGGGUGGAGGUCAGGGCGUUUGGGUGUUUGGUGGAGGAGAUUACGGAGAGGUGCGUCGGCGGAGAUGGGGAAGGGGAUGUUGAACGAGUUUUGGAGGGUUUGAGGAAGCUGAGGAAACGGUGUGAUGAUGAGAAUGUGGAUGAUCGACCGGAGUUUGAGGAGAUUUGCACUGUUUUGAGAGAUUGGCGUGACUGGUUCGAAUAG